AACUUACUAACGUAAAAAAUAGUUCGAAGCGUGUCAGAUUUCUUGAUGAUUCGUCAAAUUUUAUCGACCCUUUUAACAACCCUUUUUUAGAAGAUUCUGAGAAUUCGGGUAUAGAAAAGUUGAAAAAAGAUCUUCAAAGACUGGAAAGAGAACGUGACGAAAAGAAAUUAAUUUUUGAUAAUUUGAAAAAAUCUCGUAGUUUGCGCGAUAUCAUUGAUAAAGAAAAUGUUGAUGAAAACGUGACAAUGACUCAGGAUGAAUUUCAAGAGCAUGAACGCGAAUAUGAAGAAAUUUUGAAUGCUUAUCGAUUAUCUGGCAUAACAAUCUUCUCGGUGAAAGGAAAUCGUACUGGAAUCAGAUUCGAGACGUUCUAUAGAGCCAAGUACCGUGAACCUUAUUAUAUCAUUUUGGAACAAAGUCAGGACGACCAAUUAAGCGUUUUCAGACAUACUAUACCACAUUUCAUUCCCAUAAACGAGCUGGAAGCUACUUAUAUGAAUAAGGAUUUGAGAAAAUUUGCGAAUAUAAUUGGUGAUUACUUACAAUCGUUCGUGACUAGACGUGAAGAAUUAAACACUUUAUUGGAAAGUGGAAAAGCCACAGAGCCCAAAGCUAACCACGCUUAUAGCGUUAUUGAAUUCACGAUUCCUUUAAAGGAUAGUACAACUCUUGUGGAGGUUAACUUAACGUACGAUGACUUGAAAUCCCCUCAUCCUACAAAUGCUGUAAUAUAUCUGACUAAAGAAGAUCCCGAGAGUUCCGAGAAGCGGCGUCAAAGAUUACAAAGACGUGAACAGGAAUUUUUAGCACGAAAUUUAGUGGAAGCAUUCGACAAUGUCUUUGGGGAGGCCGAGGAGAUCGAAAUGUAA